AUCUCCUCCCAGCCUGAGAAGGAAGAAAAACACAGCUUAGAUCUAUCAUUUGCCGCUUGCCACCAUGACGUCAGCUCGGGGCUGAACACUCUACCUGUGGCUGAGACCUUAAAUGAGCUGACGACAGGAGAGAAAAGCACUUUCUCUUAGGUUUAGCAACAAGCAGCAACAGCAACAGAAGCAGCAAUGAGACACUCUAUAUUCCUCCCUGUGUUGCUGAGCCUUGUGUUGAGCCUUUCGAAAGAAAAUGACACUACCACCCCACCUGAGACGUCAACCCCAACACCUCCAGAAAAUGACACUACUACCCCACCUGAGAUGCCAACCCCAACACCUCCAGAAAAGAUCUCUACUACUCUGUCUGAGACAUCAACCCCAACGCCUCCAGAAAAUGACACUUCUACCCCAUCUGAGACGCCAACCCCAGAAAUUGACACUACUACCUCAUCUGAGAUGACAGACUCACCAACUCCAGAAAAUGACACUUCUACCCCAUCUGAGACGCCAACCCCAGAAAAUGACACUACUACCCCACCUGAGACACCAACCCCAACACCUCCAGAAAAUGACACUGCUACUCCGUCUGAGACACCAACCCCAACACCUCCAGAAAAUGACACUACUACCCCACCUGAGACACCAACCCCAACACCUCCAGAAAAUUACACUACUCCGUCUGAGACACCAACCCCAACACCUCCAGCAGGGGAUUGGUGCUACGAAGACCCUUGUGGGAAAAGUUUGGCUAGAUGUGUUGCUUUAUAUAGUAAUUUUACCUGCCAGUGCCCGUAUGGAUUCUACUAUAGUAACAAGAAUUGUCACAGAGGCCAAAUAUUCCCAGGAUUCAUUAUACUGAGUGUAUCUUACAAUGAGCAUGUUCAAGUUCUAGAUUCCAUGGAGUAUGAACAGGUGUUCCUAAAUAUAACGGAGUUUUUUAAGGCUGCCUUCAAAGAUUUAGGAGAUUUUACACAGACUGUCAUCGUGAAAAUUCAGCCUCUAGCAGAAGGCAGAUCUUCUCUUACAACUGGUAAAAUGAAUGUAACAGUGAUAAACCUGUUUAUGGAGAACUCAACUGUAACCAAUGCCACAGUUUCUUUGGCAAUAGAAGAAGAAAUUGCUGCUACACCUUAUUUUUCUAAUUACUCAGUGGCAUCCUACUGUGCGGCUUUUAAUUGUGAUGACCACACCACAGAUUGCAUAGAAAGUAUGUUUCCAAUGUGUGUAUGCAAAAGUGAUUUCUCGAAGGCAGAGUGGGAUGAUCGUUCUUGUUCAGGUAAGUACCUUGCUAGUUUAUCUGUCCCUGAAAAGUUGACUUGUUCUGAAAAAACAGAUUGCAGUAGCUGUUCUGCAAAUGAUAACAAGGUCUGUGAAAAAAACAACGGAGUUCCAAAGUGCAAAUGCAUGCCUAACUUUAAAAUGGAGGGUAGUAUAUGUGUGGCUUGUUCAGUGGGCUACUCUGGAGAGGGCUGCACGAACAAUAGUGAACUCAUCCUUAUAAUAGUGGGUACAGUGUUUGGAGCAAUUAUCCUGGGUCUAGUGAUAGCAGUCUCUGUUAUUUCAGUAAGAGCCAAACACAAACAAGAUCCAGAGAAGAAAAGCCUGAUACGGUCAACUUAUUCCAACUCAAAUACCUCUGAUGAGAAACCGACCACAAUGUUCCCUAGAGUCCAGACCACUUCUGGCCAUGCGAACCCAGGAUAUCAGCCCAACAACCCAUAUGAGAUGCGUUCCUCAAAUAGAGGUCCGUUUUCAGAGCGAGAUGACGAUUUGUAUGGACUAUCACAGGAGCCUGAGGGCUUUAGGCUGCAGAAGAGAUAUAAGUGACCAGAGCGGUAAGAGGAUGGAUGACCACAGCAACGAUGGGUCAGACCAAAGAGUUUCACAGCAUCUCGCCAAUGCAGUUACUUCAGCAGAAGAGAGACAACGAAGUCCAUAACCCCAGAUUCUCUGAAGAUUUUCUAAAGGAAGAACCCUGCUUGAAAGAGAAUAUGGACUACUCUAAAAUAAGGGAAAAAUGAAGCAGAGAGCAGGGAGAAGACUUUUAAAAGCACUAACAGGUUCCAAUAAAUGUUAGACUUCUUUCAAGAGGCUGACACAUUGGCAAGAGAAGGGUUAUAGACAAGAUACCUGAUUUUAACCCUGCUUCUUUCAGUUCUUUUGGAAGGUGGUCCAGGCAAUAUGUACAAUGCUGAAAACUGUCAGGAAGCAGAGCUUUACUAGUAUCUGUGUUCACUCCAUUUCAGCUAUAGGCAGCCUGCAUGGCUUUGGGCGGAUCAAAAUUGUUCUUCAUGUGAAUGUAACCUGUUCCCUUUAUGAUAUCAGGUACAGGCAUUUUCUCUUCCUUAAUCCCCCAAUAUUUCUUAUCUGAAAGCAUUCAUUUCAGAUCUCUGCUGACAUGCAUUGUGUGAGACAACAGUACUUGUCUGACCUUUCAUGCAGCCUUCCUUCCCAAUACAAUGACAAGAAGCAAUACCUUCAAACAAACAUUAUUGUUCUCUGUCUUACACAACUACAGUGAUUUUACAUUGUCAGCUCCUCUGGAAAGUGUUAGGUCUUUUUUCUCUUGCACUUUUUAUGUUUUGGUUGAAUGAUCUUAUGGGUUGGGGUUUUUUUUUCAUUUCUUACCUACACUCAAUAAGUCUGUCUGUAAAACAAUCCACAUUUUACAGUACUUUACUGAGUAUGCACUCUCUAUAGACUAGCACAAGCAUUUUCUUAUAUAUAUUAAAUACAUAUAUGCACAAAUAUGUACAUAUAUUUAUAGUUUAAGGACAUUUAAACUAUCAUUUAAUUCCAUGAUAUAUUUUGUGGUUUGGUUUUUAUAUAUGUGGAUUAAUUUUUCCUAUUAAACAUUAUUUUUUUCUCAGUACCAAGGCUUU